GUUGCGGGCUCUGAGGCGGCGGCGGCACCGCGGGGCGGGAGCGGCUCCGGCGCGGCGGCAGCGGCGGCACCGGGCACGACGGCACCAUGGACGACUUGGACGCCUUACUGGCAGACCUGGAAUCAACCACCUCGCAUAUCUCCAAACGACCGGUAUUUCUCACGGAGGAAACUCCUUACUCCUACCCAACUGGAAACCACACGUACCAGGAGAUUGCUGUGCCACCCCCGGUUCCCCCGCCACCUUCCAGUGAUGCCCUGAAUGGCACCGUGAUCGACCCCUUAGACCAGUGGCAACCCAACACCCCCAGAUACGGCCACCAGCAGCCUCAGCCCCAGUCUCCUAUAUACAGCUCUAGUGCCAAAAGCUCCAGUGCCUCUGUUCCUAGAGACGGGCUCAACUCUCCUACUCCCCGUGCCAGUGAAGAGGAACACGUCUACAGUUUCCCAAACAAGCAGAAGUCUGCGGAACCAUCUCCCACAAUGACCAGCUCCUCUCUGGGCAGCAAUCUCUCAGAAUUGGACAGACUCCUUCUGGAACUGAAUGCUGUUCAACAGACUCCUGCCAGUGGCUUCACAGCAGAUGAGGCUGGCAGAAGCCCGUCACUGCCCAGUGUGGCUGGCCCUCACUAUGUUGUCCCAGAGAGCAGCAGCUCAGGGGGAGGGAAGGCUGCACCCCCAACAAAAGAAAAGCCAAAGCGAAAUGGUGCACGUGGGAUUGAAGACGUGCGUCCCAGUGUGGAGAGUCUGCUGGAUGAGCUGGAGAGCUCCGUGCCAAGUCCAGUGCCUGCAAUCACUGUGAGCCAGGGCGAGGUGAGCAGCCCCCAGCGUGUCACCGCCAGUCAGCAGCAGACCCGAAUUUCUGCUUCUUCAGCUACACGAGAACUGGAUGAGCUGAUGGCAUCUCUCUCUGACUUCAAGUUCAUGGCACAGGGAAAAGCCGGGAGCAGCUCCCCUCCAUCCACAGCCUCCAAGCCUGGCAGUCAGCUGGAUACCAUGCUGGGAAGUCUUCAGUCGGACCUGAAUAAACUGGGUGUAGCUACAGUUGCCAAAGGUGUCUGUGGAGCCUGCAAGAAGCCUAUUGCUGGGCAGGUAGUUACAGCCAUGGGGAAAACCUGGCACCCUGAGCACUUUGUCUGCACCCACUGCCAAGAGGAGAUCGGGUCUCGGAACUUCUUUGAACGGGAUGGGCAGCCCUACUGCGAGAAGGACUAUCACAACCUCUUCUCUCCUCGCUGCUACUACUGCAACGGGCCCAUCCUUGAUAAAGUGGUGACGGCUUUGGACAGGACAUGGCACCCUGAACACUUUUUCUGUGCUCAGUGUGGAGCUUUCUUUGGACCUGAAGGAUUUCAUGAGAAGGAUGGCAAAGCCUAUUGCCGCAAGGACUACUUUGAUAUGUUUGCUCCUAAGUGUGGAGGCUGCGCCCGGGCUAUCCUGGAGAACUACAUCUCUGCCUUGAACACCUUGUGGCACCCCGAGUGCUUUGUCUGUCGGGAAUGUUUCACCCCGUUUGUCAAUGGCAGCUUCUUCGAGCACGACGGGCAGCCCUACUGCGAGGUGCAUUACCAUGAGCGCCGCGGCUCGCUCUGCUCCGGCUGCCAGAAGCCCAUCACAGGACGCUGCAUCACUGCUAUGGGCAAGAAAUUCCACCCAGAACACUUUGUCUGUGCCUUCUGCCUCAAGCAGCUCAACAAAGGAACCUUCAAAGAGCAGAACGACAAGCCCUACUGCCAGAACUGCUUCCUCAAGCUCUUCUGUUAGAGGCACUAUAGAUGGGCGCUCAAGCAUCUUUCUGCCACCCCCUUGGCAGUUCUGUCUCUCUGAACAUUACUGUGAUUUAGGAACCUUACCAGGCAGGGGAGGAGGGGGGUGGGGGGUGGGAAGUGCUGCUAUGGAGAGGCAGUAGAUCCAGAGAUGAGAUGGACCAUUAAACUGGAAACGCCCUUGCUGUGUCUCAGAAGAGAGAGGCUGACAUCCCUCAUUACGGUGUGUGUGUGUCUGUGUGUGUGACUGAUAGCUGAGCUUAGCUCGAGGGCUCUAACAGGGAGAUUUUUCCCAGCCCCCUCCUGGCAGCAGGAGGCUUUGCCAGUACAUUUCAGCCUCUGUCAGCUCUCUGAGCAAAUGGUGACACUUGCAGACAACACAACCCUCUGCUUUGACACCUCAUUCUCUGGCUUUUGCCUGCACAGCGAGGCCACCCUGUGACUUUAGUGCCACCCUGGCUCUCCUCACAGAGUUACAUGGUGUGUGUGACUUGCUGAGACUAGAGCAUCCAGCACAGGCAGCCAGGACCCUGCAAGGGUCUCUCCAGUUCCAUUACACUGUAAGGAGAUAAUACCACUUACUCUUUUUUUAAUUAAGAGGAAUCAAGAUGUUACUGUGUGGGGUGAUUUUCUUUUUUUCCCUAGUUUGUUACUCCCUUUCUCAAUGCCUUUUCUCAGCAUACUGGAGCAGGAGGUGGGGUAAGCCCCAACCAUCCCUCAGCACUGUUGUGCUCUCCUGUGGGGACGUGCUGUGCCAGGCAGCUCCAUAGGCACCCAGGCCAGCUCAGGGAAUCUGCUCCCCUCACCUGCUGCUCCUGGGAGAGGAAGAGGCAUCACCCCUUGUUUAAACACAGGUGCAGAGAGGUUAGAACAGCCUUUUUCAUCCAACCCUGUCAUGAGCGAGUGUGACGCGUGUGUGUUUGUCUGGUCUGAAACUCUCCCAUCUAUCAGGGCCUGAAUCUAUCACAAGAGUGACGAGAAGGAAGGGUUUAAGAAGCCAGAAAAAAAAAAAAUUCCUAAAUUUAUAUCCUUUCUUCUUCCAGUUUGUUAAUGAGACUUAUCAGCCCCUUGGUGUUUCCUUUUCUGUGCUCUUGUUAAACAUGUUCUACUGAGAGAUGCUACAGCAAUAACCUUUUAUAUUGACUGUUACUGGUAUAAUGAGUCCUGGGGGUCAGGUGUGCACGACACACUUGGAGUUUUACUAUCAAAAUGAAUACUGUAUCCUGUCUUUGAUAAGAACUGUAGAUUUCUACACUGAUUUUGAAUUCAUAUCUAAUUUACUUUUAAUCCUCUUAUACAGAAAUUGGUUUUGAAGUGAUUUUAAAAAAGCAACUUUUAUAUCAAGCUAUGCUGUUCUAGGCAGUGUGCCAGUUGUGCUGGCUUACUGCAUCUGUAAUCUCAAUGCUUUAUUAAGCCUAACUAA